UACGGUGACGGAUACGGUCCUCCACCAUCUGCAUCUGAUAUUUAUCAAGGUGCGGCACCUGAUCCAACAUCAUCACUGGGUUACUUUGGUAUGGCUGCAUAUCCGACUGUAGGACCUCCAUCAGGUCUUCUUGCGGACCCAAUAAAUGAGCAAAUGAAGAGGGACAAAGAAGCAAUUUACGGUCAUCCCUUAUUUCCUUUAUUAACUUGCCUUUUUGAAAAGUGCGAAUUGGCCACUUGUACUCCCCGUGAUCAAAACCGCGAUGGUACUGGUUCAUCGGCUAAUGAUAUAUGCUCGUCUGUUUCUUUCAAGGACGAUCUCGCUGAUUUCGCCAAAACAGUAAAUUCAUGCAUAAAAUUCAUUUCAAAUUCAAUGCUCCAAUCUAUUCAGGUUUUGCGUUUCCACCUUCUUGAGCUCGAAAAGGUUCAUGAACUGUGUGAUAAUUUUUGUCAUCGAUAUGUUACUUGUUUGAAAGGCAAAAUGCCUAUGGAUAUUGUUGGUGAUGAACGAGCAAGCAGUUCACAGCCACCCUUGUCACCCAGUACCACAGUUCCGUCAUCCAGCCCCUCAAUGGGUACUUCACAGUAUCAUCAACCUUAUGAACCACAAACUGUUCCUUUACCUGAAAAUACGAGCACGAUCACUGCUGGAAAUCCGGAUCGUAUUACUAAAUGUGGAUAA